CCAAUAUUGUAUCUGCAAGCGUCUAUCCAACUUCUAAUUCGUUUCUUCCUGAGAUAUGGAGGAUGAAAGAAGUAUUGACUGUGAAGAGUGUUGAUAGAAAUGAAUAUAUUCAAGUAAUGGCAAAAAAGAUGAAUGAGAAAUUUGAGAAAUAUUGGAGUGAAUGUAAUUUGUUAAUGGCAAUAGCUACAGUAUUGGAUCCAAGAUACAAAAUGGUGUUGAUAAAGUUCUGUUUUCCUUUAAUUUAUUUCGAGUUUGAAGCCUCUCAGAAUAUUGAUCUUGUUUUUAAAGUUUUGCAUGAGUUAUAUGAUGAGUAUGUCCAAAUUCAUAAUUCAAUAGCUAUGGGCCAAACUAUGCAAGAAAAUAUUAAUGUAAGUUCUUCGAGCAGCUCCACCAAUAUUUUUGCACGAACCAUGCCGAGUGGGUGGUCAAUGUUCCAAUCUUUCGUUAGACGUGUUGAUACUUUUCAGCCUAUUAAGUCAGACUUAAAUGCAUACUUGGAAGAGGGUGUUUACAUAUGUGAGGAAGUUGCUUCAGAGUCUACAUUUAGUGCUGGUGGUAGAGUCAUCGAUCCAUAUCGAGCAUCUUUGUCAACUGAAACGGUUCAAAUACUACUAUGUGGAGCAGAUUGGGUUAGAGCACGCCAUGGAAUUAAGAAAGAACUAAAAGUAAGUAUCACUUUCAUAAAAAUAAAAAAUAAAAAAACUUAUCACUUUAAUGAACAAUUUAAAUAUUUUUUAAAGUAG